GUCAUUUCCAACUAUGAUCUUCAAGAAAUGUACCAAAAAGAUCAAUGAUGGGGGGUCUGGGUUACCCAAGUGGAAUAUGUGCCUACCAGGAAUGAUGGAAAACCAAAAAGAAACUGACCUAAUGAGCAAUGAGGGAAUCCUUGGUAAAGAUCCGAAAAGCAAGAGUAUGAAGGAACCACUAGUAGAUGGCAGUCACAGUAGAGAACAUGUGCUUGACCAGCAAUCUCUCGAAGCUUAUGCUAAUGUAGAAGAAUCUAACAAACCACAAAGUAUGAUAAACAAUGAAGAACUCAAGCUGUCUCUCCCAAUCAAAAAAGGUAGAGGUAGGCCAAGGAUGUAUCAAGAGCCAGAAUUCUAUGUAAAAACAUUGAGACUUGAUGUCAACAACAAAACUCUUAUCAGAGCAGCCAAGAGAGAAUUCGUUAGCAUGUUCAGAUAUUUUUGUGUUGGCUCUGGGGUACUUCCACCUUUGAAUGCUGAGGGGGGUAAUUUACAAUUUCAGAGAGUCAAAUUCAGAAUGACAGAAGAAGAAUUUAGACAGGCUAUACAGAGGUUUGUCGCUUCAAUUGCUCAGCAAGAUUCUAUUGGAAUCACUACUACGAUACAUGAAGACUUUAAUAAUUUAGAAGAGUUCCUUGCUGUGUUGAUUGACCCUUCUAAAAGUUCUUCUAUUAUACUCCCAGGGACCACUCGACUCCUUAAGGAUGAGUUGCAUAGAUUACUGUAUAGAUACUCUCACCAAAAAUUUGAAACAUUUUUGGAACUUCCAGAGAUGAGAUUCGUGCUUCACAAAGUACUAAACUCAGAAUACAUAGGAACUCUAAUUUCCAAAAGCUCAAAAAUGAGCCAAUACGAAGGAUUGUACAGAAAGUGUGCAGAAAAGAUCAUUGAAAAGAUUGAGCAGAUUGACAGAGCCCUUUAAGCUUAACAUUGACUUCAAUUACUCCUAAACAGUUGC